CCCCGCCUUCACGCCGCAGACGCAACCCCACCGAGAGACAGAGACAGAGACAAAGAGAUACAGAGAGCGAGAGAGAGAGCGAGAGCGAGAAAUCCUGACGUGAUUGAUAGCAGCCAUGCAGAUCUGGAUCAAGACGUUAACUGGCCGCAAGCAACAAUACAGCUUCGAGCCGGACAACCAAGUGAGCAUGGUCAAGCAGGCCUUGCAAGAGAAGGAAGGGAUCCAGGUGGACCAAAUCCGAUUGAUCUACAGCGGGAAGCAACUCGCAGACGACCAUACAUUGUCCCACUACAACGUCGCCGCGGGAGGAACCAUUCACAUGGUGUUGCAGUUGCGCGGAGGCUUGCGGUAGGGGGCUGUUGUAGCUUAGGCUUUCGAGAGCGGACGUGCAGCCUGGGACGGACGCAGAUUGUCACAUGAAGCGGUUGCUCAGCCUCCCUCUUUGAAAGAGGCUUGUUUCUCAGCGGUACGUUGCACCAGUAUGAGCAGGGGCGAGUGGGAUGCACGCUGGGGCUGUGCCACGCCUUUUAUUUCGUUUUCCUUGGACGACCGCCGUUGCAUUUUUGCCGCUUGGGCACGCAGUUUUGGAGGGAAGCAGUACGCGAGCCUUUCGGCGCCGAACAGUUGUGAGUGGUGUGGUCAGGUUGGGCAGUAUUUGUCGAGGGUUUGGAGGCGAGAAUCUACAAAAUCCGUCCAAAGGCUGACAUGACCAUUUUCCCUCCAACUUCCCCUGUUCCCUCGCACUGAUGCGUUUUAGUUUUCGAAGCGCGAGCUGCGCCAUCGUCGAUGAAGGUUGUAUGUAUUAUUUGCCCGUUUGCCGGAUUCUUGAAACGAUGGUUGGCUAGUCACCUCGUUGGUGUGUACACUGGAGACUGGACACGCUGGUCUUUUGUCACUUGGGGCGCGACUAUACUCAGAAUAAGCCAGGACAGACUUGUUACCUUCGAUUCGAUUCGAGUCUGGACAGUAUGGACAUCGGUCUUACGCAAUCUUUCAUGAGUGCUGUAUGAAGUGCAGGGUGGCAUCCUCCAUCGACUUGUUUCGCGAUUGUUGUGGAGUAAACUAUGGCGCGAUCGGUCGGGAUGCGGAAAUUGAAGGAUGUGUGGGUCCGUUUGCAGGCUUGCGAAUGUAAUGGCGAUUGAUCCAGACCGGCAGGCUACUGACACCCCCCCAGGGCGUUGGUAUGGCUACAAGUAGCAGUCUUGGCUUUCGACAUGUAGCACAAUGACACGGCAGGAGCAGGUAGCAGCUUGAUUCUCGAGAUGAAAACUGCUUCCUCAUCUCCUGCUGGUACUGAAAACGCAGCAUUAUGUGUACAUAUUCAAGGUUUCGGCGGCUUCCGCCGCCACGCUUUAGAGAAGCGAGUCCAAGAUACUUGUUUUUGUGCUGAAGACACAUUUUCGUGCUACUGCUGUAGAGACACGAAUGAUGAGACGUGGGCAUCGAGGAAUGAUGUUUGUGUCACGUGCUUUUUUUCCCGACGACGUUCAUGUGUUUUGGCAUGACCGGCUGAAUGCAUACAAUGUCGCAGCUUUUCACCGGUCCCGAGAGGAAUUUGUCACGUGAUGUUUGCGUGUGAUGUGCUUUUCCUAAUGUUGGUGAGCUGCGUUUCUAACGUGAACGAUGGCUAACACAAACGAAAAAGAACCGCGAACUGAACGACUGAAUCUGAUUGUCGGGCUAUGCCAGGGACACCCCCAGUAACAAAUGGCCAAUAGUUACGGAACGACGGGUGGCUCCACAACAACAGAUACAAAUUUACCCCAAAUUGGACGCAGCAGGGU